AUUACGGCGGUUCCGGGCGCUGCGGCGGUGGUGCGGAAGGCAGGGGACCUUGGCGGUCGGCGCCGGCCCCGGAACCCGCCGGCUACGACCAGGGUCGAGCUGCCGACUCCGCCCUCCGCUGACGGUGCGGCAGCACGCUGAGGAACAUCAGUUUACUGGAGCAGGUGUGACCGGGUGUACCGCCGCCCAGAGCAGUGGUGUGAGACCGAGUCGACCCGAGCCGCAGUGAACCGUCUACGUAGACUUAUCACCGGCGCCUCGACAAACCCCCAACAUGAAGGGCUGGUUCGACGCGUUCCGCGCCGAUGGCGGGCCGACCCUGUACACUCAGAAUAACCGUACGUCUGUGCACGGCGACAUGGCCAUGAUUCUCAUCUCGAUCGUGUUCCUGACGGUGCUGGUCGCCUUCCUGCUCAUCUUUCCCGGCGUCCGCAGCCAGCGUCUGACGACGUUCGCCUGCGUCAUCCUCAGCCUGUUCACCGGCCUCUCCAUCACACUCGGCGCCACCGGCUCGGACUGGCAGUCUGGUUCGGUGGACAUCGACACGUUUUACCGGGCCUUCUCCGCUGAGAGCAUGCAGGCCAACCUCGGAGCGCACAUCGGGCUCAACCAUGUCAACAUCACGAUGAACGCGGCGCCGUCGGCUGGUCCGAAUGUCGACGUGGCUUUCAACGAGCGAUUCCGCUGGAAUCGGCCCACACAGAUGAGGGAGGAGUAUCGAGCGGCUCUCGUGAAAGGUCUGCCGUACCCGAUUCUGACGGUGGCCGAGCACCUGAGCGCCAACUCGGAGGGUUUCGACUGGGGUCCCAAGCUGCGCACGGCCGGCUACUACACCAGCAUCGUUAUCUGGACGUCGUUCGCCAGCUGGCUGCUGAUGAACCUGAUGCUGCUGACGGUGCCCCGCUACGGCGCCUACAUGAUGGUGGUGACGGGAGCGCUCAUGUGCGUGGCCUGCGCGCUCUACAGCACGCUCAAACCCAGUCACCUGAUGGCCAUUCGUCUGGAGGACGCCGUGCUGAGGAUCAGCCUCGGCUGGCAGUUCUACCUGGUGCUGCUGGCAGGUAUCCUCUGCACGGGCGUGGGAGUUCUGGCGGCCAUCAUGGACCUGCUCCACCCGCACUCGUUCUCCACUAUCCUGGAGGUGGACUUUGGAACACCCUACGAUCGACACAUGCUGAUCGUCGAGUCAGAUGAGUCCAGGAAGCGGCCCACGCUGAAAAUCCCCAAACUGGAGGAGCCCAUCACUGCGGGACUCGAGGCCACUUCCAAACUGAUCAGGCGUCUGUCGCGGCGCGGUCGGGACGAGGGCAGCAGCAGUGACCCACGCGGCGGCUCCGACAACGUCGCCUUCGAGAUGGACCAGCCCAAGCUGCCUCUGAGGGCGCAGCUCAGCAACCGGCGCGACUCGAAGCAGUCGUUCCGCGCGCUGGGUCUGCGGCGCGGCUCCAACCUACUGGACGUGCCACAGACGAGCCUGGACCUGCCGGCCGGCCCGCCGCUGCCCAAGCGGCCCCUGGAGCGCACCGCGUCCCACCAAUCGAACGCCUCGUCGAUCUCGAUCGGCUCGAGCCCGCGUCCAUCACUCGCCGACACCGAGCAGCCCAGUUUCCAGGAGCAGUUCAAGCGGAUCCGGCAGGCCGAAUCGCGCCGCAGCUCGUCCCAGUCGGACAUCUCCAGCGGCUCGUCUCUGAGCGACCUGUUCCGCGGCGACCCGAGCCGCUUCAGCCGCCAGCUGCUGGAGGUGCCGGUCGAGAGCAGCCCGGCCGGCGCCGCCGACGUCUCCCUGCACCCGCCGCUCGAGAAGAGAGACUCGCGCUCGUCCAACAUCAUUGUCUUCCAUACACAGGACGCGCGUGGACAACUCACCAGACGUCAGUCCACCGACCGUGCCUCAAUGGAUCCGUGACCGGUGUGUCGAGAUCGGUAAUUCUCCCCAUCAAUCCGUCCAUAUGUCGAAGACUCGCUGCGCUCUUAUUGAUGACCUAGGUGCAAGCGUGACUACUUAGGUGACCGACUUCAGCUUGCUAAUUAUUUAUUACUUUUUCUGUGUGUGCUGCUUAGUAACAUUCACGAAUCAUUUAUUAUUUAUUGAAUUUCAUCUAGCAAAUAUAAAGAAAAGAAGCGGUUGACGAUGCGUAAAAAUUCGUCUUUAAAUAAAAUAUGUUGUCCACAAGU